UGAACAGGAGGCAUUGAACUCAAUCAUGAAGGAUCUGGUGGCCCUCCAGAUGAGCCGACGUCCCCGGGUGCCCGGAUAUGAGACCAUGAAGAACAAAGACUCGGGUCACCCAAAUAGGCAGAGUGACGUCAGAAUCAAGUUUGAGCACAACGGGGAGCGGCGAAUUAUAGCAUUCAGCCGGCCUGUAAGAUACGAAGAUGUGGAGCACAAGGUGACGACAGUGUUUGGGCAGCCUCUUGAUCUACAUUACAUGAACAAUGAGCUCUCCAUCCUGCUGAAGAACCAAGAUGAUCUUGAUAAAGCAAUUGACAUUUUGGAUAGAAGCUCAAGCAUGAAGAGUCUUAGGAUAUUGCUGCUGUCGCAGGACAGAAACCAUACCAGUUCCUCCCCCCACUCCGGGGUAUCCAGGCAGGUGCGAAUCAAAGCUUCCCAGUCGGCGGGAGAUAUAAAUACCAUCUACCAGCCCCCCGAGCCCAGAAGCAGGCACCUCUCUGUCAGCUCCCAGAAUGCUGGCCGAAGCUCGCCUCCCCCUGGCUACGUGCCUGAGCGGCAGCAGCGCAUUGCCCGACAGGGGUCCUACACCAGCAUCAACAGUGAGGGGGAGUUCAUCCCAGAGACCAGCGAGCAGUGUAUGCUGGAUCCCCUGAGCAGUGCUGAAAAUUCCUUGUCAGGAAGCUGCCAAUCCUUGGACAGGUCAGCAGACAGCCCAUCCUUCCGGAAAUCACGAAUGUCCCGAGCCCAGAGCUUCCCAGACAACAGACAGGAGUUCUCUGAUCGGGAAACUCAGCUCUAUGACAAAGGGGUCAAAGGUGGAACCUACCCCCGGCGCUACCACGUGUCUGUGCACCACAAGGACUACAACGAUGGCAGAAGAACAUUUCCCCGAAUACGGCGACAUCAAGGCAACCUGUUCACCUUGGUGCCCUCCAGCCGCUCCCUGAGCACGAAUGGCGAGAACAUGGGUCUGGCGGUGCAGUACCUGGACCCUCGAGGACGCCUGCGGAGUGCGGACAGUGAGAAUGCCCUCUCUGUGCAGGAGAGGAACGUGCCGACCAAGUCUCCUAGUGCUCCUAUCAAUUGGCGCCGGGGGAAGCUCUUAGGCCAGGGUGCCUUCGGCAGGGUCUAUUUGUGCUAUGAUGUGGACACAGGACGCGAACUUGCUUCUAAGCAGGUCCAGUUUGACCCAGACAGUCCUGAGACUAGCAAGGAGGUGAGUGCUCUGGAGUGUGAGAUCCAGUUGCUGAAGAACUUGCAGCACGAGCGCAUAGUGCAGUACUAUGGCUGCCUGCGGGACCGCGCCGAGAAGACUCUGACCAUCUUCAUGGAGUACAUGCCAGGGGGCUCAGUGAAAGACCAGUUGAAGGCCUAUGGAGCUCUGACAGAAAGUGUGACCCGAAAAUACACCCGGCAGAUCCUGGAGGGCAUGUCCUACCUUCACAGCAACAUGAUUGUUCACCGGGACAUCAAGGGAGCCAACAUCCUCCGAGACUCUGCUGGGAAUGUGAAGCUGGGGGACUUUGGGGCCAGCAAGCGCCUGCAGACCAUCUGCAUGUCAGGCACGGGCAUGCGCUCAGUCACCGGCACACCCUACUGGAUGAGCCCUGAGGUGAUCAGCGGUGAGGGCUACGGAAGGAAGGCAGACGUGUGGAGCCUGGGCUGCACCGUGGUGGAGAUGCUGACAGAGAAACCACCUUGGGCAGAGUAUGAAGCCAUGGCCGCCAUUUUCAAGAUUGCCACCCAGCCUACCAAUCCUCAGCUGCCCUCCCACAUCUCUGAGCAUGGCCGGGACUUCCUGAGGCGCAUCUUCGUGGAGGCCCGCCAAAGACCUUCAGCCGAGGAGCUGCUCACACACCACUUUGCACAGCUCGUGUACUGAGCUCUUAAGGCCACGCUGCUGCUGGCUGUCCCCUGCUGCAAGGGCAGGGGGCUGCUGUGGGGCUCAGCAGUAUUGCUGCUUCUCCCAGGCAAGGCUGUGGACCAUGGAGCUGCAGUCUAGCCAGCGUUGUCCGUGCCCUUCUGCUACUGGGGCUCAGAGCCAGGUGGGGUGGCUGCAGCCUUAAGGACUGGGAGCCCCCAGCCUACCAGACCCAAGAGCACCGGCGUCCUAAGCUCAGCGUGGAGGGGAAGGGGCUAGGAACAGUGUUCAAGGCACCAUGGGCCCCUCCCUCGGGGCUGUGUCCUGACAAUGCAGUCAGCACCAGACCCCAGAGGAGGGUCUGGGGGCUCAGGAUGGACACGAGGGUCAGAAUAGUGUUACUUUCAUUCAGAGUGUUAUUUUGUUUGUCCUCCCCAUAUCUGGAGACCAUCAGGGCAUCUCUGGGCUGGAUAGGCCCACCCAAGCCUGAGGUAAAGUCCAGCAUCCCGCAGCCCAUGGAAAGCAGAGGCCUGGGCCACAUGCUCCCUGGAGCCCCCAGGCCAGCUUUGCCAGUCCUAGUCCUUUACCAAAGAUGAAUGAAGCAAAUGUUAUGCUGCCUUAUUCAGGGAAGGAGGAGCCUGUCCUGCCUGCCCCCAUGACCCUGACCAUCUCCCCUCACCCUCAAGCAGGGGCCUGAGAUGUGGAACUGCCCCCACUGAGGGGGAGACCCAGUUUUGUCAAUGCAGUUGUCUCUGUUUUACAAGUUGGAGUCACUCUUAUGCUGUACCCAGUUUCUAAACUGGAGAGUUCGUGUGCCCUCUGGGCUGAGUACCCCUGCUGUGGGCUUGGGCCUUGGGCCAGAUUGGAAAGAGCUGAAGGAAGGUAAGGGCUUUUGUGCUCCUUGUCUGGCACCUUUCCCCCCAAUGGAGCAGAAAGAAAGAUGGACAACACAGUGAAGGCAUCUGAGCCUGCUGGCCACACUGAGUGGGCCAUUCAGGACAGCCAGGGGAGUCGUGUUAGGCUGGUUGUCAGUCGUGACUUGCUAGGCUGGAGAUCUGUCUGGUAGAAGGGAGAGCCUGUAUGAUGCCACCAACUGUGUCCAAAACCACCAGCUCAGUUCCUCCAUGGCCACCCUUGCCCAUCACCACGAGGUCUCAGCCUCUUUCCCUUCUAGCUCCUGUAGGGGAGGAAUGGCAGCAGGGGCCAGGGAGUCAGAAUCUCCAAGCAGCUUAGAGUUGGCCUUAUUUACCUCAGCCUGGGGCGCUGGUCCUUUCUUCCGGCCCCUCCCCUCCAAAAUGUGCCUAUUGCUAGAGCUCUUCCCUCUGAACACCCAGUUUCCUUGGGAGUUGUCAUUAAGGAAAAAAAAAUGCCAGUGCCCAGGGAUGACACGUGUCUCCAAGGAGCUGGGGAUUAGCUCCAGGCAGCUCAUUGCCAGCCAUGCCCACUCCCCCAUGGGCACCAGAACAAGCCAAAGCCUUCGUUGUAUGUUGACGAUGCACUUUUAUGAAUGUAGUUUCUAUCGCUGUUUUUAGCCUUUUCACAUCAUGUAAUGUGAGGCCUUGUACUUGUUAAUUUAUAUCUCAGAUCAUAUUUGAUGGUUUAUAUAUAUAUCAAUUCUAGACUGUUACAGGUGAUGGACGCCUCAAGAGAGAGAAGAGAAAAUGAAAGCAGCUGGUUUUGCAGGAAUGUGUGUUGCACGGUGCCAGAUGGGCCUGGGCCCUGUUUCCAUCCUCUUCCCCCAGGGGCCUAUCAGGCACCCCCAGCCCAGCCCUCUGAAGACAGUGAGCAUGUGCUCCUACCUCCACCUCGGCUCUUGCCCAGGGUGGGGACCGGCCCCUCAUCUCGACCAAAGCUGCCAGAUGGCAGCUCGGCCUCUCCACAACCCCGUCCUGACGGCUGUAGCACUCUUCUUGGGCCCACACUCCGUCCCCAGGCCCCAGCCCCCAACAGGAAACAGAGCGUGGUGCCGGCACUGUCAAGAUAAGACAACUGUGUGUCCCAGGUUCAGGCUCUCACAGAGCCCCACCCACCCCGGGGCCUUACCUCACAGGGAAUGUUUUAAAAAAUGAUUUUGUAAACAAGCCAACAAACCCUGCACUCCAAAAAGAACAAAAGACCCUGAUUUUUUUGUGCCAAAAACUGUGGACAUGCUGGCUCAGCAUCCUCAGGACCAAGCUGUUGCUUAAUUUUAAUUUAUUGUUUUUUUUAUUAAAUAAUCCAGAUGACGUUAUGGGCCUAAGAUGGCCUGGCCCAAAGCUCUGAAGGGCAGUCUCCUAGCAGCCCCAGGCUGGCUGUGGGAAGGGCCGUGCCACCAUUUGCUUGUCAUUCCGUGGGGGAUGUCGGCCUUGGCCAACCCAACACGGAGAGGCCAGGGCCGGGGACAGUCCAUACUCCACCGCCCUCCUGCCCCUCCUGCCCACCCCAGCUCUGUGUCUGUGUCUGAAUUGUGGAUCGUGCAGAAGAACCUGCAGCCAUAGUUAUUUGACUAUAUCUCGACCGAGGGCUUGCAGUGCAAAGCCAGGCCAGUGUCGCGCAUUACUUACAAUAAAAGGGAUCAUUUAUACCUGA